AGAACAGCCCCGAGGACUAAUCAUCUUCUGCAAUACUGAAAGCCAUGGCUGAGGGAUCAGUGAUGUUCAGUGAUGUGUCUGUAGACUUCUCUCAGGAGGAGUGGGAAUGCCUUGACCCUAUUCAGAAGGACUUAUACAGAGAUGUGAUGUUGGAGAACUACAACAAUCUGGUUUCAGUGGGUCUUUACAUUCCUAAGCCUCAAGUGAUCUCUUUAUUGGAACAGGGGAAAGAACCUUGGAUGGUUGGCAGAGAGCUUACAAGAGGCCUGUGUUCAGAUCUGGAAUCAAUGUGUGAAACCAAAUUAUUAUCACUAAAGAAGGAAGUUUAUGAAAUGGAAUCAUGCCAGAGGGAGAUAAUGGGACUUACAAAGCAUGGCCUUGAGUACUCCAGUGUUAGAGAUGUUUUGGAAUAUAGAAGCCACUUUUCAAGACAACUGGGAUAUCAGAAUGGUCCUUUCAGUCAAGAAAUAUUCACUCAUGAAUACAUGCCCACAUAUAUUCAACAGACAUUUCUUACUUUGCAGCAAAUAAUUAACAAUGAGCAGAAACCCUAUGAAUGUAAGAAAUGUGGAAAGGCCUUUAGUCAGAACUCACAAUUUAUUCAACAUCAGCGAAUUCAUAUUGGUGAAAAAUCUUAUGAAUGUAAGGAGUGUGGGAAAUUCUUUAGUUGUGGUUCACAUGUUACUCGACACCUGAAAAUUCAUACUGGUGAAAAACCCUUUGAAUGUAAGGAAUGUGGAAAAGCCUUCAGUUGUAGCUCAUACCUUUCUCAACAUCAAAGAAUCCAUACUGGUAAGAAACCCUAUGAAUGUAAGGAAUGUGGAAAAGCCUUUAGUUAUUGCUCAAAUCUUAUUGACCAUCAGCGAAUUCACACUGGUGAAAAACCCUAUGAAUGUAAAGUGUGUGGGAAAGCCUUUACUAAGAGCUCACAACUUUUUCAACAUGUGCGAAUUCAUACAGGUGAGAAACCCUAUGAAUGUAAGCAAUGUGGCAAAGCCUUUACUCAGAGCUCAAAGCUCGUUCAGCAUCAGAGAAUUCACACUGGUGAGAAGCCAUAUGAGUGCAAAGAAUGUGGCAAAGCCUUUAGUAGCGGUUCGGCACUUACUAAUCAUCAGAGAAUUCACACUGGUGAGAAACCCUAUGAUUGUAAGGAAUGUGGGAAGGCUUUUACUCAGAGCUCACAGCUUCGUCAACACCAGAGAAUUCACGCUGGUGAGAAACCCUUUGAAUGUAUUGAAUGUGGAAAGGCCUUUACUCAAAACUCACAACUUUUUCAACAUCAGAGAAUUCAUACAGAUGAAAAACCAUAUGAAUGUAAUGAAUGUGGAAAGGCCUUUAAUAAAUGCUCAAACCUUACACGACAUCUGAGAAUUCAUACUGGUGAAAAGCCCUAUAACUGUAAGGAAUGUGGGAAGGCAUUUAGUAGUGGCUCAGAUCUCAUUCGUCAUCAGGGAAUUCAUACUAAUGAAUAACAACAGUAAACUCUUGUCACCUUUCUAAUUUUUUAAACAAAAAUGCAUGUCUAGUAGCUGCUCUCUUUCACUAUUUUUCUUUAUUUUAUACUUAAAUUUUGAAUCCAAAUUUCACACUAAGUUAUAAAUUUGGAGUCUAAAUUGACACUCCCUUCUCCCCAAUCUUGUAUCAAUGCUAAUUCCAUAAUUUUUUCUUCCCUAUUGUUCUACUUUCUUGGUUUCACAUUUUAUUUAUAUUUG